AGCGGGGCUGAAUGCUUGGAUCGGGCUGCUCUUGGCAGCCCAUCAGAGCCCUGUCGAUGCCUGUUGGGCAGGUGGCCGGCCUGGGCAACUACGGGCUGUGGGGGACGCGGCACAGCGUGGGCAUGGCGGUGCUGGACCGGCUGGCCCGGCAGCUGGCGGUGGCCGAGGGCUGGCGAGUGGACAGGCGGUGCUGCGCCGACGUGGCCCUGGCCACGGCCCACGGCCUGGAGCUGGUGCUGCUCAAGCCGCGGAGGUUCAUGAACCUCAACGGGCUCAGCGUAGCGAGUGCCGCUGAGAUCUACAACCUUGGCCCGGAAGACAUUUACCUGGUUCACGACGACCUGGACAAGGCCCUGAGCAAGGUGGCGAUCAAGCUGGGAGGCAGCGCAAGGGGACACAACGGGGUCCAGUCCUGCAUCAGCGCUUUGCACUCCAGCGAGAUGACCCGGCUCCGGGUCGGCAUCGGGCGACCAGAGGGUGCAGUGACAGUGUCCAGCUACGUCCUGGCUCCAUUCAGCACUGGGGAGCAGGAGAAGCUGGAGCAGAUCCUGGCCCAGGCAGUGACCUGCCUGCUGGAGCACAUCCAGAGCCGAGCGCCUGCGGGGGACAGGGGCUGACAGGAACCCCUGGGGACCUGCGUGGCCAAUGGACAGAGCGCUGUGGCUCUCCAGAGGGACUGUGGUGCAGAGCAGAGCUGGCCCUGCCGGGCUCUGGGACAGCCCCCUCUGUCCCAGCACAGAUCUGGGCGGCCCAUGUCCCACUGGCAUCCCUACAGUGGUUCCACAUGGCAGUUUGGCACAGAAAUUAAAUAAAUCCUUGCCCCA